AUGUCUGAAUGGUUCAGCACUUAAUGGUUCAGACUGUUUGUUUCAGCCUCUUAAUGGUUCAGAUGUCUGAAUGGUUAAGAGAUUUGCCUCUGAAUGGUUAAGUAUUAUACAGAGUCUGAAUGGUUAAGACCUCUUAUCUGAAUUGAUCAGACAUUUGCCUCUGAAUAGUUAAGCAAUAUACUAACUCUUAAUGGUUCAGAUCUCUUACUGGUUCAGCACUUAAUGGUUCAGACUUCUUACUGGUUCAGCACUUACCCAUUCAGAAGUUGUCAAACAGCCCCACACUCUCCCUCUCUUUGAUCUCAAUUGGAGCAGCUCAACUGUGAAGGGUUCUAGUGAAUUUCAAAAGUCUUAUUUGCGAGAAUUGGGUUUCAAUCUGGCAUGGCAGAUUCCCUCAAAGACAUUUUCACUCAGCUCAUCAAUCGAUUCCGCAGCUUUCUCUCCGUCAAGGAUUCUAGAUCGGUUGGAGCCUUUGCGGGUCUUGCCUUUGCAGUAUUGUUUGCGUGGACACUAUUGAGAAAGUCUAGUUGCAAUCAGAGAAGACAGCUUAAGCCGCCAACUGGUGGACCAAGUAGUUCAAGUGCAAGAACUAAUAGAAGCUCAAAUGCUGCAGCCACAGAAACAACAACAACUGCAUGUAGCCCUUUGCCAAUUGAUUCAAGAGCACAACAUGUUUCUGAUAAUGUCUCUCAGCGCGUAACACCAAUGCCAAUGCUAGGGAAGAUAGUUAAGCAAAGGUUGAAUGGAGGGAGGAAGGUAACCUGUCAGCUACUUGGUGUGAUCCUAGAGGAGACUACCCCAGAGGAGCUUCAGGAAAAAGCAACUGUAAGAUCAUCUGUGCCAAGAGUGUUGCGCGAAAUCACAAAACGAUGCGAUCUUUAUCUCAUGGAGAGAGUUUUGGACGAUGAAAGUGAAGAAAAGGUCCUUCGUGCUUUAGAAGAUGCUGGACUAUUUACAUCCAGUGGCUUGGUGAAGGACAAGGUAUUAGCACUUCUGACCCCAUUUGGUGAGGUUUAAAAUGGCUGAAUGGUUGAAGUUGUGGCUAAUUAGUUGAAUCUAUCACAUAAUUAUUUGAAAAAGGGAAAAAGGGACUCAUUUACUACUUUUUACAAAUUCACUUGACCUGAUUCAGCCAAUGUAGUGAAAUUUGAGUCUUUUGUCGAAAAGUAUGCCGAAAAUGAAGCCUACCAAACAGGUUCUCCAUCUUUUCCACUUUGUUAAAUCUAUAUUUCGAAAUCAGCGCAUCUUACCUUUCCCUAUUUAAUUAGCUAAUUGCCUUGUUCUUCGGUUCAUUGAAAUUCCCCUCAUGUGUUUGGCCACAUUACCAUAAUAAGUCUGGAGAUUUUGACAAAGUCUUUUAUUCUAUGACUGUUUGCACAGGUUCUCUUUUGUAGCACAGAAAAUGGACGAACAUCUUUUGUUAGGCAACUGGACCCUGAUUGGCAUAUCGACACAAAUCCAGAGAUCGUAACUCAAUUAGCGCGAUUUAUCAAAAACCAGCUUCACAUUUCGCCAACCAAAGCAGGGGGACUGGCUACAAACAUUUACAGUGCAUCUUCCUUGGAGCAGUUUUUUGGUUGUGAUUAAAAAAUGACAUCUUUAGACGCAUCAUGUGAUUUGUUCUGUUUUCUUAGGUUUUAAGGAUGUAUAUAUCGGUCUAAAGACCAAAGACCCAUGUACUUAGAGCAAGGUAAGUAACGCUUUCUGGUUUAAUGACUGCUCUAUGCCAUUCAAAACAUCUCGAGCGUUGAAAGUAUU